AUGUGGACUGAGAAUGGCGAGGGUCUGCCAGUAUGUUUCUCAUGGAUAGAAUGGAUCAAGGCAUGUGCCCUUGAGUGUUUGGGCAUAAAGGAAACUUUGUUUUUCCACUGCAGUACCCUGGAUAGCUCAGAAGGUGUGGAUUUGCGCGCAAGAGGCCGUAAUGAGGUGCCCAUCGACACAACAGUGUUUGAGAUACACUGUUUCGACGAACAGCGCCGGAUCGAGCUAUUCAACCAAUCCGCCUGGACAUGCCCCAUAUGCAUGGAUGUUGUUUCUGGCCGUCAGUGUGUGCGACUGCCAGCCUGCCAGCAUUUUUUCUGCGGUGAUUGCUUCUCAGAGUACUGCAAGGUCAAUGUGAAGGAAGGUGCUGUAGACUUGAAAUGUCCACAGCACCAAUGCAUGGUGGCACUGGAGCCCCACAUCUUGAGAGACUCCCUCCACCAGGAUGACUAUGGAAGGUGGGAGACCUUGACGCUCCAAAGGGCUUUGGACAGAAUGAAGGACGUCCGCUACUGCCCUCGGUGUGGCACGGUCUGCCUUGAAGAGCGGGGCAACUUUGCUCAGUGCCCGAAAUGCUUUUUUGCAUUUUGCAUUAACUGCAAGGACUCUUAUCAUCCGGGCAGUGCGUGCCUCACGCAGGAGGACAAAAUUGAAGCGAUGCGGAAAAAGGCAGAGGGGAGUGGGCAGGGAAAGAGCAGAGAGGACAGAGUGGAUCGCCUGCUUGACCUCAAGAUGCAAGCAGCAUCCAUAACAUACAUCGCCAGCAACAUGCGCAUGUGCCCUGUUUGCAAAAUGUGGAUCCAGCGAUCUAGUGGGUGCAACGAGAUGCGGUGCACCAAUUGCCGCACACGCUUUUGCUACAUGUGUGGCGAACAACGCAUAGAGGGCUCCAAACACUCCUGUUUUGGUGGGACAUGCGGGUUGUGCGGGGUGUUGGACGCCCGAGCAGGCGGAAUUGAACGGGCUGUCAAGGUGGCACUCAGGCAGGAGCGAGAGACAGAACCAGAACUUGGGGACUAUUCAUUAAAGAGGAAGCGGUGUCCAAAAUGCAAGCGGUACACCUACAAGGUCGACUGA